AUGGCAGCGUUGAGACAGGAGCAUCGGUACGGACUCUCCUGUGCAAAGAUUAAUAAAAGCGUUCCCAACAAAACAAUCUUUCACGUCAAGCUAACCGACACUGCCAUCCGGACGCUGGAAGCGUAUCAGAAUCUCAAGGGGUCCUUACCAAAUCAGCCAGCAAUUUGCUUCAAGGGGAACCAGGGGUAUAUCAAGAUUCCUGCUCCCUUGACGGAUUCUCCCGAUGCUUUCCGUGUCUUCUCCUUCUACCUGUCUAGUGACAGUAAAGACAAACCUCAGGCCAGCUUUGAUUGUGUUCACCAGUAUCUCUCAGGAGAUGGCAGGGAGCAUCUGGAAGGUCAGGGCAGUAUUCAGGACAAAAUCACAGUUUGUGCCACCGACGAUUCUUACCAGAUGACCCGAGAGCGCAUGUCUCAAGUGGAAAAGGACAUCUGGAGCCGCUCGGCCAUUGAGAUCAAACCUGGGUCUACGCAUCCAAGUAAAUGUAUAAAGAUUAAGAAGAAACAGGGCCUGCCAACAAGCUUUGACAAUACUAUUAGACAUUCACCCUGCAACAAGAGGAAUAGUGGACCUAGCUUAGUGGCCCACAGGCCUUUGAGAGAACGUGUCAUUCACGUUCUGGCCUUAAAGCCAUACAGCAAGCCUGAACUACUGCUCUGGCUGGAGAAAGAGAAAGCCAGCCCCAAGGACAAGGCCGACCUGAGCACUGUGUUGGAGGAGGUGGCUAAACUCAAUCCCAAAGACCACAGCUUUACUCUAAAGGAUGAUUUCUACAGACACGUACAGAAAGAUUGGCCUGGCUAUGUGGAGGAAGAGCGGCAGCUCAUUCAAAGGGUGUUGUCUAGAAAACUCCAGCCUCUCAACAGCAGCAGUAGCCAGUUGAAAACCUUCCAGUCUAACCAUUCAUUCCACAAAACCCCAGGGGAUUCUCCAUCCCAGCUCAGCCCUGUCAAGAAUCUCUCCAUGAAACGCCCAGUGCCUUCUGACCAUCCAGAAAGUCAGACACCCAAAAAACAACGAUUAUUUGACCAGAACAUGACCUUGCAAUCUCCUUCCAAUGGACAUCUAAGCUCAUCCAUGGGACGUAGCGCUUCCAACCAUGGGAACACAAGUUUGCGGAGCAAACUGGAGUUCGGGAAGAGUACCAAAAGCGCUCAGCAGAGCCCAGACAGCCUUUACCAGCGGCAUAAGCUCAGCGAGUCUAACAGUGCCCCCAAACCAGAGCCAUCAGUACCAGCACAGCAGCCUCUCUCCAGCCCCAAACACCCACGAACUGAACCUGAAAUCCGCACUGACCAGCACCUAGCAAACGGCCAGCACAAAAAGAAGAAGUCCAAGAAGCAUAAAGAAAAGGAGAGGGAACGCUUAAAACCUGAGUGGGCUGAGACCAGCCCAGACUUCAAGCAGAACCAGGAAAAUAUUAAUGAACAUGAGCGGCCCAACAUACCUGUCACCUGUGCCUCGCCCGAGGAGCUGCCUGACUAUUUAUUAAAAUACAACACUAUUACAGACUCUGAGCAGCGACAGAGGUACAAAGAGGAUUUCUGUGCAGAAUAUGACGAGUACAGAGACCUUCAUGAGCACAUAGGUAAAGUUACUGAGAUGUUUGUUCAGCUGGGAUCCAAGAUAAAAACAUUGUCUCCUGGGACACAGGAGUAUAAGGUAAUGGAAGAUCAAAUAAUGGAUAAGUAUAGGAAGUAUAAGAAGAAGUUCCCAGGCUACCGGGAAGAGAAGAAGCGUUGCGAGUAUCUCCAUGAGAAACUGUCACACAUCAAAUGCCUGAUUCUGGACUAUGACCUUACACAAGCACCGUCCUAGUGCCAGCCAUUCUUUUCUCCUCCUUCCCAGUCUGGUCGUACAGACCAAAAGACUCCUCGUUGGAAAUAAAGCAGGACCAAGUGUAGUUUCUUGAACACAAAAAGGCAUUUCCACUUCUUGCCUCUGCACAAACUGUGGAUAAUGGUGUGGAAGUUGAGGAUCAAAGCCCAAACUAUCAAACAAAGGCCAAGACUAGUGACUUAAAGCCCUUAAAGUUUUAUUGUUUGUUUGUGUAAAAAAGUGUUGCAUUAGCAAGGGAUUUGGUUAUAUUUCUUGAGCCAAAAUAGAUUUACCGCACCCAGAUGCAGCAUAUAUCUAACUGUUGCCCUUGAUCCUCUAACUAUGGCUUGUGCUCUGAUCUUCAGGGCUGCGGGCUGCUUUUAUGGUACAAUCAUGAAGCCUGGAUGAUGAGAGAUGGUUAUCUUUACUUUGUUUACUGUCUAUCAGUGCUUUAUUUGAGAACUUAAGCACAGUUUCUAUUUUGAUAUUUUACUGAAUGUAUAUUUGUAUACAGUACUUGUAAGAUCUUGACUAUAAUAGAGAGUUUAAUCACUGGAUAGAAUAAGGGAAGCCUGGAAUUUUCUAGACUCUGGGGUAAUCCUACCAAACUCUGUAGCGUACAAGGGUGCAAUUUGUCAUAUGAAUGUCCAUGUAAACUAUCCAAGCACCUGUGUCAGACUGUCAAUUAGAUAAGACCUUUAUAUACUCAGCUUUGCUCUGGAAUCCAAGUUUAAUCUAGAAUUCCAGCAGUCACUUGUGUAAUGAGAGGAAAGUUGAAAAGCUUAACCUUGAAGCAGCAAAUGAAAAACCUAAUCUAAUACAACAAAAUACAGCAGUGGUAAUAUUCUCAUGCAUUUUGUGUCCAGUGCUCUAACCACAGCACACUGUGUCCUUAAAAUAAUGAUGGUGAUAACUAUUAUUAUUAAUAUGUUGUUAUUAUUUAGACACCAAACAGCAGAAACAAUCAUGUUUUAAAGCACAUUUAGUUUCUUUUAUCUUGUUUUGAAUCUUUAUAUAUAUACACACACACAGACACACAGACACAGACAGACAAGCGGCGAAAAGUUUGGAAUAAUGUACAGAUUUUGCUGUUUCGGAAGGAAAUUGGUACUUUAAGUCACCAAAGUGGCAUUCAACUGAUUGCAAAGUAUAGUCAGGACAUUACUGAUGUAAAAAACAGCACCAUCACUAUUUGAAAAAAGUAAUUUUUGAUCAAAUCUAGACAGGCCCCAUUUUCAGCAGCCAUCACUCAAACACCUUAUCCUUCAGUAAUCAUGCUAAAUUGCUAAUUUGGUACUAGAAAAUCACUUGCCAUUAUAUCAAACACAGUUGAAAGCUAUUUGAUUCCUUAAAUGAAGCUUAAAAUUGUCUUUGUGUUUGUUUUGAGUUGCCACAUUAUGUAAUAGAUGGGGCAUGUCUUAAGGUCAAUAUUAGGUAAAAAAUGGCAAAAAAGAAACUGCUUUCUCUAGAAACUCAUCAGUCAAUUAUUGUUUUGAAGAAUGAAGGCUAUACAAUGCUUGAAACUGCCAAAAAACUGAAGAUUUCAUACAAAGGUGUACACUACAGUCUUCAAAGACAAAGGACAACUGGCUCUAACAAGGACAGAAAGAGAUGUGGAAGGCCAAGACAUCAGAGUCUCUAGUUUGAGAAAUAGACGACUCACAUGUCCUCAGCUGACAGUUUCAUUGAAUUCUACCCGUUCAACACCAGUUUCAUGCACAACAGUAAAGAGAAGACUCUGGGGUCAGGCCUUAUGGGAAGAAUUGAAAAGAAAAAAGCCAUUUUGAAACAAAAACAAAAGAAAAGGUUAGAGUGGGCAAAGAAACACAGACAUUGGACAACAGAUAAUUGGAAAAGAGUGUUAUGGAUCUUAACCCCAUUGAGCUUUUGUGGGAUCAGCUAGACUGUGAAGUGUGUGAGAAGUGCCCGACAAGACAGCCACAUCUAUGGCAAGUGCUACAGGAAGCGUGGGGUGAAAUGUCACCUGAGUAUCUGGACAAAGUGACAGCUAGAAUGCCAAGGAUCUGCAAAGCUGUUAUUGCUGCAUGUGGAGGAUUUUUUGAUGAGAACUCUUUGAAGUAGUUUAAGAAGUUCUGAAUAUUUUAUUUUAUUUUAUUGUUUUCAAAUUGUAAUAGUAAUUUUUGAUGUUAUUAAUGUCCUGACUAUACAUUGUGAUCAGUUGAAUGCCACUUUGGUGAAUAAAUGUACCAAUUUAUUUCCAUAAGAGCAAAAUAUGUACAUUAUUCCAAACUUCUAGCUCUGUGUGUGUGUGUGUGUGUGUGUGUGUGUGUGUAUAUAUAUAUAUAUAUAUAUAUAUAUAUAUAUAUAUAUAUAUAUAGAUUAAUGAAACAA